AUGGCAUUGCGCUGCCCAAGCGCAGCGGCAGUCUAUCCAAUCUUGCCCUCUGUCGAGUCAGAACACGAGUCCGAAAUACCGAGUGCGACCGUCUUGUCCAAGCUUAACAUCUUCGGCUUAUGGCGCGACGAGCCCGAAACCAAGGAAACCGAAUAUCAAUUGAGCAGACACCUAGCCCGACGAGCCCAAGAAGGCCGGCGACAGCAGGGACUCCGAGUGCCACCUAAGGACAAUGAUGGCGGCACAGCCACUCAAGUUCCUGUUGGCGAAGGCGGCUUGGGAGUUGGAUCAUCUCAGGAGUAUACUGAGCAGGAGGAGAAUGGCACCGAGGAAGAAGGUAGAGUGGUAGAAGAUGGAGGUUCAGGGAGUGAUGGGCAGAUAGCAGAUAGCUAUGGCGGGGACGGGGCUGAUAAUGGCGGUGGAGAUUACGGCGGAAGCGGUAGAGGCGGCGGUGGUGAUGGUAAUUGGCACAAUGAGGAUCAAAUUUGUACUUGA